UUUCUAGUGAGAUCUCUAUUACUUUCAACGAUUAACGUGUAAUUAAAUGGAGAAAAUAAUACCAGACGUUGUGGACACAGUUCCCAAUAAUAUAAUCAAGAUUCACUAUCCGAGUGGUGUUGACGUAAAUCUGGGCAAUGAGUUGACGCCACUGUCUGUCAAAGACGAGCCCACAGUUCAGUGGCCCACAGAAGAGGGCGAAUACUAUACUCUGGUUAUGACUGAUCCGGAUGUCGGCGAGAUGUCUGAGAUUAAGCACUGGCUUGUAGUCAAUAUCCCGGGCAGUGAUGUGUCCAACGGAGAGACUUUGGCCGGUUAUAGGGGCUCCGGUCCACCGAAGGAUGCUUUACAUCGCUAUAUAUUCCUUGUGUACAAACAAUCGGGU